UUUUCCGAGCUCCUAGUCCUAGCCUCCUGAUCGGAAUUCCAAACGCGAGAAACAGAGAGAGAGAGAGAAGGAGGGAGGAGAGAGAUGACGACGAUUCGCAGAUUUUGCUGUAACGAUCUUCUUCGUUUCGCGUCUGUCAAUCUUGACCAUCUCACUGAAACCUUCAACAUGUCCUUCUACAUGACCUAUUUGGCAAGAUGGCCCGAUUAUUUUCACGUCGCCGAAGGCCCUGGAAACCGAAUUAUGGGUUACAUUAUGGGAAAAGUUGAAGGGCAAGGUGAAUCUUGGCACGGACAUGUAACGGCGGUGACUGUUGCUCCAGAAUACCGCAGGCAGCAAUUAGCCAAGAAACUCAUGAACCUGCUUGAAGACAUUAGUGAUAAGAUUGAUAAAGCCUACUUCGUGGAUCUUUUUGUUAGGGCAUCCAAUACACCAGCCAUAAAGAUGUAUGCAAAGCUUGGGUACGUGAUCUAUAGAAGGGUACUACGUUAUUAUUCAGGAGAGGAAGAUGGGUUAGAUAUGAGGAAAGCAUUAUCUCGUGAUGUGGAAAAGAAGUCUAUCAUCCCUCUCAAACGGCCAGUUACUCCAGACGAAUUAGAGUAUGACUGAUUCUGUUUUCUGUGGAAUUUCUGCCAACAUAAGUUUGAUGAUAGGGUUUAGGCAUCAUAGUCACAUUCAUGAGUUUCUUAUUGAGAUGUCAGUCUUUGUUGUGUUAUUCUCUAUUAAUGCGCACAUGUCGAAUUUGAAAACAUGAAUUGGUGAGCUGUGCUUUUAAUAGACUUAUAGUUGGAAAUUAUGUAUCCUACCUAUCACUUUUUUUGUUUGUUUGUUUGUCA